GCGGAGGGCGCGGGGAUGCGGAGGUGCGCGGGCGCGGAGGCGGCGGCGGCGGCGGGCUGCUUCGGCGGCGUGGCGCGGAGGGCGGCGCGGGUGGCGGCGGAGCGGGCCGCGCACCGCAACGUGCUGCUGCUGGACGCCGGGGACCAGUACCAGGGCACGGUGUGGUUCUCCCGCUUCAAGGGCCGGGAGGCGGUCCACUUCAUGAACCUCCUGCGCUACGAUGCCAUGGCUUUGGGGAACCAUGAGUUUGAUGAAGGUGUGAGCGGAUUAUUGGAUCCUCUUCUUAAAAACGCUAAUUUUACAAUCCUGAGUGCAAACAUUAAGGGGAAAACCCCAUUAGCGAACGAAAUGAUGAAAUAUGUUAGUCCUUUUAAAAUAGUACAUUUUGACUCAGAAUCAGUAGGAAUUGUUGGCUACACUACAAAGGAAACUUCUUUUCUUUCACAACCAGGGGAUGAUAUAAUCUUUGAAGAUGAAAUUGAAGCAUUGCAAGUACAAGUGAAUGAACUUACUGCUAUGGGAGUGAACAAAAUAAUUGCACUAGGACAUUCUGGUUUUACUGUGGACAAAAAUAUUGCCCAAAAAGUGAAAGGAGUGGAUGUUGUAAUUGGAGGACAUACAAACACAUUUCUCUAUACAGGCACCCCACCCUCUACUGAACAGCCAGCUGGCCCGUAUCCGUUCAUGGUUGACUCAGAUGAUGGGAGGAAGGUGCCAGUUGUACAAGCUUAUGCUUAUGGAAAAUACCUUGGUUACUUAAAUGUUACAUUUGACCAGAAAGGAAAUGUAGUUGAAGCAGUUGGAAACCCCAUUCUGCUGGACAGCAGUGUUCCUGAAGAUGAGCACAUAAAAGAAGAAGUGGAAAAAUGGAGGACAAACCUGGGGAAUUAUUCUAAAGAGGUUGGAAAAACUAGUGUUUACCUGAACGGUACAAGCCAAGCGUGCCGUUUCCAAGAAUGUAACAUGGGAAAUUUGCUUUGUGAUGCUGUGCUUUAUGAAAAUGUCAGACGUCCGGAUAAAAAGUCAUGGAACCACGUUUCAAUGUGCAUCCUGAAUGGAGGUGGGAUACGGUCACCCAUUGAUGAACAGAGCACUAACGGUAGCAUUACUGUGGAAGAUUUGCUGUCUGUUUUGCCAUUUGGAGGUCGGUUUGAUUUGGUAAGGGUAAAAGGCUCCACUCUGAAAGAAGCUUUUGAGCACAGUGUGCACAGAUAUGGACAAGGAAGCGGAGAGCUGCUGCAGGUUGGAGGCAUCCACGUGGUCUAUGAUCUCUCUAGAGCCCCAGGAAGCAGAGUCGUUAGCUUAGAAGUGCUUUGCACAGCCUGCCGAGUCCCAGCCUACGUCCCACUCCAAAUGGAUGAAAUAUACAAUGUGACUCUUCCGUCCUAUAUGUUAUUUGGAGGAGAUGGCUAUCAUAUGCUGAAAGACAAAAAUCUGGGAUACAGUAAAGGUGAACCUGACAUUGAGGUUGUUUCCCGUUACCUCCAGAGAAUGAAGAGAGUUUACCCAGCAGUUGAAGGUCGAAUAAAGUUUUCUUCUGGCAGUCUUAUUGAAGCAAGUCUUACCCUGAUUUCUGUAUUGUUCACUGUAACAUUCUUGCAUACUUGAUUUUUGCUCACUAUGUUUUCAUUUGGAGGAAGGCAGGAGGAGAGAUGAUGCUGACGAAGGGAAAAGAGAACUGUUCUUUUCUUACUCCUUAAAAUGAAUGAGUGGGCAGAAGUUUCUGCAUGUCAACAGUAAACAGCACAAGCAAUUGUCUUUAAUCUGGUAGAGUCAUUGAAGCACACUGUGCAGAACGAGUGGGCAGAAUUCAUGACUUCUCUUAGUUUGAAUCAGCAGGUACCCACAAUUCAGUUUGAGGUUUCAAGAAGCAAAGUUCCAUUGAAUACUAAUGCUCCAUCGUGAAACAACCACUCACCGAAAUAGGAUAUUUUUGGUUUCUUCAAAUUCUUUUAGCUGCUUUAGAUAGUGAGUUGAUUAAGACUCUGAUUCCAGUAAUGUAAACAAGCUUCUAGAAGUGGAUUUAUUACAGGUGUAUAUACCUUUCUUUGAUCUCCACUCAGGGUUGAAGCUUUCAAUCUAAUAAUGCUACUUUGCUUCCAGUCACAUUUAUCAUACCUACACCAAUGCCUGAAAGAACUGGAUUAAACUCAGUGUCACUAAAAGCAUGACGUCCAUUUACAUGCGAUUAAAAAAAGUUUUUCCAUUUUACUUUUGAAGAUGCAGCAUCUCACGUUUUUCAUUAAUACAGGAUGCAAUGAAAGUUUGAUUUGAUUUCGAUCAAUUUUAACAAAUUGAGUAUAUAUACGUCACUAUUUAAUAUGACCAGUUUGGGAACUGUAUCUAGAGUGAGAACACAAUCUAUGAUUAUGUUUCAUACAAAUGUGCUCAGUUUUACACCUUUUUCCAAAGACCAAAACACAGGACUCCUGACCAUUACUCUGCAUCAGCAACGUUCAGAGAGAAUGUCGGAUACACGCAUUGACUCCUGCAGCACUGGGGCAUCCUUUGGCAGUAGCCCAGUAAUGGGGCUUUUUACAGCAUAACCUGGCUUUGUGAUAAUUGUGAUCAUAACUCAGAAGCCUGUCUCUUCUGUGGGAAGGCUGUGUUUAAAAAAAUAUACAGUUGUAAGAAAUAGGCUAAUGAGUAUAAAAUCAGAAAUAGGAUUAAAUGCUAAGUGUACAUUUCUGACACUUUAUCAAGAAGUGAUUGCUUAUAAAUGAGUGCAAACGAUGACGAUUUUUCUAAGAUUGUUCACAUGUGGAAUUUUGACAUCAAUGUGUUUCCAUGUUGUUUAUUGCUGUAUUAAACUGAUUAUCAGUGUUUUUAAUAAACCUGCUUUGUU